AUGCAUAUCGCUAAAGACUCCAUUGUAACUUCAGGCACAUCUACAGGAAGCGAUGAUGCAGGCGCGGUGCGCUUUUGUUCAUUUUGCAAUAAGCCUUUCACAGCAGCAACCUCGUACACUCGCCACGUAGCAUAUUGUCGCCGUGCGCAGCUGCGGCCACGAAUGCGGCGGAGGUCAUGCCGUAAUUGCAAAGCUUCCAAGGCCAAGUGCAGCUUCCAGCCGCGCUGCGCCCGUUGUUUAACUAAGAACUUGCAAUGCAUCUACGAACAUGAUUCAAGAGCAUCGCUGAAUACAUCUUCUUCGGUUUCACCCGUGCAUCUGACUAAUACUGAGCCCUCUUUUCUGCUCCAAGACGACAGCAUCCCCGCGCCUCUGGAACCUUUCGAUCCAUUUCCCCGAGACGUUUCGGCUGAUGACUUUGCACUCAUCCCAGGCCUCGGCGACACCAACCCUUCAUCUUUGCUUGACGGAGUCCUCUUUCCUCCUUCUUCCUGGGAUAUUCCAUUCGACUUUUCCUUCAAUCAGCUCGAAACAGUCGAGGUUAGCAGCAAAGAUGAAAACACGUAUUUGACAAGAGUCGACAACCCUCAUGCAUUUGCCCGAAGAAGCGCAGAUCUGAUUUUGGAUGCCUUGUAUGCUGUCGUGGAGCAAAUGCGAAGGAGGGAAACGUUCCCGCCGUUCAUUCACCCGCAUUGGCAUCAGCCUUCUCUGCCCGAGCCUCUCGCGGUAUGCAUGCACAUUUCACAGAUGUAUGCACUACAAACCAAUGAGAUGCGAGCAUUCCUCUGGCGCACCAUACUGGCGGAACAAAGACGUGCGGUACAACGGCUGGAGACUCUGAAUGAUCAGGAUCUACUCGCUGAAAUGCAAGUAGGCAUGGUGUACCUAAUCAUGCGACUGGUAGAUGGCAUCUUCUCAGACCCGGAUUGGACGCGCGAGAUGAUGACCAUACAGACAACCAUGUGCAUGCGCUUCUACGAAAACAACGGUCGACAAUUCUUCACCUCGGAACAAGAUCAUCCCAGUGCGACGUGGGAAGAGUGGAUUUACGCCGAGUCACGGAGGAGAACAGCGAUGGUCUGGUUUCUUAUUACAAGCACGAUUGUUGUCAAUACAGUCAAUUGUGCUACCACGGAAACACCCGAGGUCUUGCCGUUGCCUGCCCCAAAGACGCAAUGGGAGGCUCGGACUCGUGGAUCGUGGUUGAGUGAGAUGGAAGCUGGAACACCUGCUCUUUCGACUUUUGGGGCUUUGAUGAAAGCGAAAAAAGAGAGUAACGAGCGGUCGAAUGCACAUAUGUUGGGAGCUUGGAAUGCGAGGGCAGACAGCUUGGGUUCGCUAUUGAACAUUGCCACUGCAAUAGCCUAG